UGCCAUAGCUCCAGGACAUCUCAUUCCACACAAGCACCCACCACCGAUCUAUUCAUCCUCCAUGGCGCUCAAAUCAAUUCUAGCACUAGCCCUCCUUGUAGUCCUCGUGCCAUUCUCCCAUGGCCUCACGGCCUCCGUGUCGUCGUCGUCGUCGUCGCCGCCGCUCAACGGCAGCGUCGGCGCUGGCUUCAGCCUCCGGCUCAUCGCCAACGACCAGCCGUCACACUAUGACCUGGAGAGCCUCCAGCGAGCCAAGGAGCAGGUGAAGUGCAGGAUCAAGCACCAGAUCCUGCCAACGAGCAAUGAGAUGCGUCCGCUCAUGUGCCCGCUGGAGGAUGCGGUGUACGCCGUGCUGGUGGGCGUCGGCACGGAGGCUGGGUUCCAGAAUUACCAGCUCGCGCUGGACAUGGGCGGCGGCUUGUCCUGGAUGCAGUGCUUGCCGUGCCGGCACUGCCUGCUGCAGAUGAGCCCGGUGUUCGAUCCAACCAAGUCUCCGACCUUCAGCAACAUCCCGGCACACAACACCGUCUGGUGUCGUCCGCCGUACCAGCCAUUGGCAAACGGGGCGUGCGGGUUCGAUAUUGCCUACCGGGACAACACCCAUGCUUCGGGCUACCUCGCCAGGGACACCUUCUCCUUCCCCGCCGGGAACGACGACUUCGUGCCGCUGUCGGCCAUCGUCUUCGGCUGCGCCCACCAGACCGAGCACUUCAAGAACCAGCGCGCCGUCGCCGGCAUCCUCGGCCUGGGGAUGGGGCCGGCGGGCAAGCCUCCGACCGCCUUCACCAAGCAGGUCCUUCCAGCCCACGGCGGCCGCUUCUCCUACUGCCCGUUUGUUCCCGGGACGAGCAUGUACAGCUACCUCCGGUUCGGCAGCGACAUCCCCAGCCAUCCGCCGCCGAACGUGCACCGCCAGAGCACGCCCGUCCUUGCGCCGGCACACAACAGCGAGGCCUACUUCGUCAAGCUCGCCGGGGUCAGCGUCGGUGCCAACCGACUGUCCGGGGUCACGCCGGCCAUGUUCCGGCGCAACGCGCACGGGGCGGGCGGGUGCGUGGUCGACAUCGGCACGAGAAUGACGGCGUUCAUUCACUCAGCGUACGUCCACAUCGAUCACGCGGUGCGGCAACACCUGCAGCGCCGCGGAGCACACAUCGUGGUCGUGCGAGGCAACACGUGCGUGCAGCAGCCGGCGCCGCACCAUGACGUCCUCCCGAGCAUGACGCUCCAUUUCGAGAACGGCGCGUGGCUCCGGGUCAUGCCGGAGCAUGUGUUCAUGCCGUUCGUCGUCGGUGGCCACCACUACCAGUGCUUUGGCUUCGUAUCGUCCACGGACCUGACGGUCAUCGGCGCCCGGCAGCAAGUCAACCAUCGCUUCAUCUUCGACCUCCAUGAUACCAUACCCAUCAUGAGCUUUAAUCCCGAGGACUGUCACCUAGAUGGCGCAUGAAGCUAAAACCUCAGUUACUACAUCUCUAGCAGCAGAAAUUUGUGGCGAGAAAAACUCAUUUCAUAAUAAAGGCAGACGUAAUAUUUCUCUUCAA